AGGAACAAGGAGAGCGAGGGAAGAAACCCUUCAGGACUUUGGCCUGUCUCACGUGCAGGAGGCGGCACUUUCACCCUGAGUUUAGAGAACACUGGAUCCCACAACAAAGAGUUGUGAAACAAAGAUUUAGAUUUAACAGGUAGUGCCAUCCUGGUUGUCGACACUGGACACCCCUUUGUACUUUCUUCCAUACAACUGAAGAGCCAAGAUGCCCACCAACUUCACUGUAGUGCCAGUGGAGGAUGAAGAGGGCGGCAGCAACAGCGCGGCUGCAGCUGGAAGCAGCAAACCUGUCAGUUUGGGCAACAUUUUUGGGGAGGAAGACCAUGAGGACAACUUACAAGACCCUCACUCAGGAGAUGACUGUCAGAGAGAGUCGAGUCAAUUCCUUAACUCAGACGAUGAUGGAGAACACUAUUAUGAAGGCAAGAACAUGGCCCUGUUUGAGGAGGAAAUGGAAAGUCACCCUAUGGUAUCAUCUCUUCUCAACAAGCUGGCCAACUACACCAACCUGACCCAGGGUGUUCGUGAGCAUGAGGAGGCUGAGGAUGGGGUCAGGAGGGUCGCUGUUGUGGUCCCCCAAAUGGGAACCUUCAUUGGAGUUUACCUUCCCUGCAUGCAGAAUAUCCUGGGCGUGAUUCUCUUUCUGCGUCUCACCUGGAUCGUCGGCACAGCAGGAAUCCUGGGAUCCUUCGCCAUCGUCUCCAUUUGCUGCAUCUGUACCUUGCUCACAGCCAUAUCAAUGAGUGCCAUAGCAACCAAUGGAGUUGUCCCAGCCGGUGGCUCAUACUACAUGAUCUCCAGGUCACUGGGUCCAGAGUUUGGAGGAGCAGUGGGUCUCUGUUUCUAUCUUGGAACCACCUUUGCUGGAUCCAUGUACAUACUGGGCACCAUAGAGAUUCUGCUGACGUACAUUGUUCCAACAGCAACAGUGUUUAAAGAAAGCGAAAAUGCAGCAAUGCUCAACAAUAUGCGUGUCUAUGGCACAUGCUGCCUGCUACUGAUGGCUCUGGUAGUGUUUGUAGGGGUAAAGUAUGUGAACAAACUGGCUCUGGUGUUUCUGGCUUGUGUGUUUCUCUCGAUCUUGGCCACUUAUGCAGGAGUCAUCAAGACGAUCAUCGAGCAACCAGACUAUAACGUCUGUCUGUUGGGAAACCGAUCUCUGAAGAAUGAAAUGUUUGAAACCUGUGCAAAGACAACGGUUGUGAAAAACAAAACCGAGUUCACAGACCUAUGGAGCCUCUUUUGCGACAGCAACGCAACCUGUGAUGAAUACUUUGACUUAAACAAUCUGACAGAGAUACGGGCCAUACCCGGGCUUCUGAGCGGAGUUAUCAAAGACAACCUGUGGGGCGACUAUGGUCCAGCUGGUAUGCUCAUAGAGAAGAAAGACCAGCCUUCAGUAGAAGCCCAGGGCACGUCCAAUGACAUGAAUAAGCCCUACGUCUUCAAUGACAUCGCCACAUACUUCACUCUGCUGGUGGGAAUAUACUUCCCCUCUGUCACAGGUAUAAUGGCUGGUUCUAAUAGGUCUGGUGAUCUCAGGGAUGCCCAGAGGUCCAUCCCAAUAGGAACCAUAAUGGCUAUUGUCACCACGUCUUUCAUCUACAUCUCCUGUGUGGUCUUGUUUGGAGCCUGUAUUGAAGGAGUGGUACUGAGAGACAAGUUUGGUUACUCAGUACAGAAGAAUCCAGUAAUUGGUAUUCUGGCCUGGCCGUCACCCUGGGUGAUUGUGAUUGGCUCGUUUUUCUCCUGCUGUGGGGCGGGGCUGCAGAGCCUCACUGGCGCCGCGGUUGCGCAGGCCAUCGCUCGGGAUGGCAUCAUCCCGUUCCUACAGGUCUUUGGUCAUGGGAAGGCUAAUGGUGAGCCCACCUGGGCUCUGCUGCUGACAGUUGGGAUCUGUGAGAUAGGAAUCCUAAUUGCUUCUCUGGAUGCCGUGGCCCCAAUCCUCUCCAUGUUUUUCCUCAUGUGCUAUCUGUUUGUUAACCUGGCCUGUGCUGUUCAGACUUUGCUCCGUACCCCCAACUGGAGACCUCGCUUCAAGUUCUAUCACUGGACCCUCUCCUUCUUAGGGAUGAGUCUGUGUCUCUCUCUCAUGUUUAUCUGCUCCUGGUACUACGCCCUGGUUGCCAUGGUGAUAGCUGGCUGUAUCUACAAGUACAUUGAGUACAGAGGGGCAGUGAAGGAAUGGGGUGAUGGGAUCAGAGGUCUGUCCUUGAAUGCAGCACGCUAUGCUCUCAUCCGUCUGGAGGAAGCACCACUACACACCAAAAACUGGAGGCCUCAGCUGUUGGUGUUGUGUAAGUUGGACUCCGACCUGAAGGUGAAACACCCUCGUCUCUUGUCUUUUACCACGCAGCUCAAAGCAGGAAGAGGACUGACCAUCGUCUGCUCAGUCCUGGAGGGAACCUACAUGACCCGGGGAAAUGAUGUCAAGACUGGAGAGCAGAACUUAAAAGCAGCGAUGGCUGCUGAGAAGAUGAAGGGUUUCUCCCAUGUGGUGGCGUCGUCCAACCUGCGAGACGGUUUCUCCCUGCUCAUCCAGUCAGCAGGACUGGGGGGAAUGAAACACAACGCUGUCCUGAUGGCCUGGCCAGCAGGCUGGGGACAAGCCCGGGACUCCUCCGCAAGGAGGAACUUUAUAGAAACAGUAAGAGAGACGACGGCAGCUCAACAGGCUCUGUUGGUUGCUAAGAACAUUGACCAUUUCCCUGGUAACCAGGAGCGUCUGAAGGGGGGGACCAUUGAUGUGUGGUGGAUCGUGCAUGAUGGUGGACUGCUCAUGCUGCUGCCAUUUUUACUUAGUCAACACAAGGUAUGGAGGAAGUGUCAAAUGCGAAUCUUCACGGUGGCCCACAUGGACGACAAUUCCAUCCAGAUGAAGAAAGACCUCCAGAUGUUUCUCUACCAGCUACGCCUGGAUGCGGUGGUGGAGGUUGUGGAGAUGCAUGAAAGUGACAUCUCUGCCUUCACCUAUGAGAAGACGCUGGUGAUGGAGCAGAGGUCUCAAAUGCUUAAACAGAUGCAGCUGUCCCGCACUGAGAGGGAGAGAGAGAUUCAGAGCAUCACAGAUGUAUCCCGCAGCUCCAUAAAGAGGAAAAAUCCGCCAGGUGACCCCUCCUCCAACACCCUGUGCAUACCAGAGGAUAAGGCCCAGUUGAUCCACGACCGGAACACGGCGUCUCAUUCUAAAAUGAAUGACAAAGCUGCAGGUGCCACACCAGAUCGUGUCCACAUGACCUGGACCAAAGACAAACUGGUCAAUGAGAGGAACAGACAAAGAGAAGGCAUGGGAGUUAAAGACAUGUUUAAUAUGAGACCGGAGUGGGAGAAUCUUAGCCAAUCCAACGUGCGGAGGAUGCACACAGCUGUGAAGCUGAAUGAGGCGGUGCUCAAGAAAUCCUGUGAUUCACAGCUGGUCUUGCUCAACAUGCCGGGACCGCCGAAGAACAAGAAAGGGGAUGACAACUAUAUGGAGUUCCUGGAGGUCCUGAUGGAUGGCCUAGACCGUGUGCUGUUGGUUCGUGGAGGUGGUCGGGAGGUCAUUACCAUCUACUCCUAGCACCAAAAGGUUCCUAAUUGCUUGUUUGGAAGGGAACAUUGUUGGACAGUAGGACCCCAGAGGGCAGGGGUUUGACAAUGAGACAUGGACAAAGAUGACGGACAGAAAAAAGGAGGACCAUGAUCGCUGUGAAGUGAAUGGGAGUCUACCUGCAGCACAGCCUGAGCUCAGUGCAUCACUUCUGGGCAAAGAGGGCUCUCUACACCCCCUCCUCCUGGGGCUCUUUAACUCUGCCACAUACUGUAUAUACACUGUGGAGAGAAUAGAGAGAUGUGGAGAUGUUCUUUCCACAGAUAAACUGUUUUCUGAAAGAGCUUCCAUUUUAAUUUAACAUGUUAUUGUGCUUCACCAGGCAUUUGUUGGAGGAAAGAACAGGAAACUACAGCUUAUUGUCAUUUUUAGCAUUUCACUGAUUGUGGUAGCUGGCAACUGUCUCAUUGUCAUCAUCACAGUUAGUGAGGUUAAAGCCAAAGUCCCAUUGAUUAGUAUACUCUAAGUAACAGUUUCAGGGCAAAUGUGGCAGUAUUGAUUGUAAUCUAUAGUCUUGAACAUUGCUUAUUAACUGUUUUUGUUUGUCACAGAUACCAUUGGUGAUCAAAAAGGAACAUAUAGUGAAAAUGCAACAGAGGAAAUGCAACUUCUGUGAUUUUAGUACAU